CCAUUCCCAAGUCUUCAACUAUUACGCAAUCCAGCGACGCAUUGUAACAGGAGUUGCGGGAGAGUUGAGUUGAGAGGCGGACCAAAGCGCCAAGCUUUGACGACCGGACGACUUUGGUUACGAGCUCAGAGCUCUGCUUCAGCGUUGUAAUGCAUUUUAUCUUCUGCUUGGUUGCCGAGAAAACUGAGUAAAUUAUUAAAAGAACGCCCUCUUUCCAUUCUCCAACGUGAACUUUUAGGGGCCCUCUUCCUCCCCAAACCCCUUUCUCUAUAUAAGAUUUGUGUAGUUCACAUGCUAUUCUUUAGAAUAGAAUAGCUUGCUUUCGGUUGCAUCAAACCCUAAUUUUUGGACAUUUUCAUUUAUUCCCCAAAAAUCACUUGUGCCUUGUUGAGCAGAACAAACUCAUUAUUUUUUUUUUAUUAUAUUAUAAUUGAAACCUUGCAUAAUGUGGAUUGUUGAAUAUCCUGUUUUCAUGGAUUUGUUUUCGAUUACCAGCGUUCAUGGGUUACUCCACUAGCUCGAAUUCGAGGGUUGCGUGGGAAUGGCUCAUUGAAUACCUAGCGAAAUUCGUGCACAUAGAGCUGUCGAAUUUACAUGAUUUGAUCGACAGCUCUCCAUUUUUACCUCAUGAUUUGAGUAAAAACACGAGGGAAAGGAUUGCUUUGAGAAAAUUGGAGCAUUUGUUUGGUCCUAUAGAUAAUGUUGCACCUUCUGUACCUCAUCGAAAAGGUAAUAUCAGGUUUUCUGAGAGCUGUGAAGAUGUACUCAACUUCAUAGUGCGAAAGACAUCAGUAUUAGAUUUCAACAUGUCUGGAUCAGGUCUGUUGAAAGAGGAUAUCCACUCUUUCAUUUCACACAAAAGAGCUUCCUUGCCUCCUUGUGCUUUAGAACAGCUGAGAGAUGCAAUUCUAGAAGAUACUUCACAUUCAGCUAUUGUGAUGGAACUUAGUGGACUGGUGCAUACAAAUGAUCAUUAUGACAGAAGCCCUGUGGAUUACAAUGCUUUUAAUAUGCCAUUAGUCAGGAACUCCAAUUACUUGCCACCUGAAGAUGAGAAGGGAAUGGUGAGAGAUGAUUCAUGUGUUAGAAAUUUAUUACCUUUUAAGAGGAAUCAAAGUGAUUUGACAAACAAAAAUUUAAGUCAAGACAACCAGGAAAGCCAAGGUUAUAUUCAUGAUGGUGAUCUCCAUGUAAAUGCCAAGAGGUCUAAGCAGAAUGCUUCAUGUGUGAACCAGCCUGUGGAACAAAUUUCAGUUCCUCAACAUGGUAAUGAGUUGGCUGAAAAUUCCACCGAGAGAAUAGGUGGAGUUGCUGGAAAAGGAAGUCAAGAUGCAGAAAAAGAAUCUCAAGUAGGAAGACUGGAUGAAUGCAGGUCUUUGGGGAAUGAUGAUGGCAAGUUUGUUGCUACAAAUCGGCUUGGGCAGAGUCCUGAUGCCAGUGCUAAUGAUGAAUUCCAGCAUAAGCAAUGUGAGAAUACUCAUAGUGCCAACAAAAUCCCACAAGAUAUAUCUGGAGAUGGAUCCCACCAGUAUAUCCUGGUGGAUGAAGUUAGCAAGGAUGAACAUAGGCAAUUGAAAGUCACCUUUGAUGGAGCCAAAGAUGAUGGUGAACAGUGGAUGCAACUAAAAAUACCAAAUAGUGGAUCCUUUAGUGGAUCUCAGAGGAAUGUUAUUGAUGACAAAGCAGGUGGCUUGGAGCAUCUUUGCAAACAAGGUACAUCAAGUGAUGUCAAACAAUAUCAUCACAAAAAGGUUGAUAGCAUGAAGAAGAGUCGUUUUCUGAGCUCUUAUUUUGCAGCAGUAGCUGACCAGACAAAGCCAAAUUGUUGUUUUAAGUGCAGCAAAGAUGGUCAGGUGUUGGUAUGUAGUGCUGUUGGUUGCUCAUUGUUUUUUCAUGAGAAAUGCUUGGGUUCCUUACUGAGCUUUGAUGAGAAGGGAUACUUAUGCUGCCCAUUUUGUACAUGUUUCCAUGCUUUUCAAAGGUACCACCAAGCUAAGAAAAAGGCCUCUUUGGUAAGAGAGGAACUGCAUUUAUUCAUCAACCAAAUUCCAAAGGAACAUAAUCAUGAGUGUGGAUGAGAGAAUGUCACCGACUUGGGAAAGGAAAAGGUGAUGAGCAGCUAUUAUAGAGUCUAUGGCUUUAUGUGUUUUGCAAAUUUAGGGCGUAGGAGAGCCUGAUACCAGUGGUGGAAGAUAUUUCUACUAGAGGAAACGAAAGAUAUUUUUAGGUAGUGGUGUAGAAAACGGCUACACGUCAAGCUAAAGGUAAAAUGUGAGGAGGAAAACUUUUUUUUUUUUUGUUCUUGUUUUUCCUCCACAACGCUUGACAUUAGCCUUUUGUUUUAUGUAAAGAAAACCAUGCUAAUUUGUAACUAUUCUAAUUUCCAAAUCAGUUGAAAUGCUAAUUAGGCUUCGCAA